AUGGAUCCAAAGUUGUAUCUUGCAGUUAGGACCAACGACAUAACCACAUUUUCAAGCCUGGUUAAAGAGAAUGAAGAAAUUCUCAAGCAGAGAACAGCUGAUUCUUUGAGCACUCCAUUACACCUUGCUUCCAGGUACGGCUGCACCGAAAUAGUAUCUGAUAUUGUGAGAUUGUGUCCUGACAUGGUUUCUGCCGAGGAUAAAUACCUGCAGACACCAGUUCACGAGGCUUGCAGACAAGAUAACGUUGUCAUCUUAAAGUUGCUGUUGGAUGCCAAUUCCUCAGCUGUUUGUAAGCUUAAUCUGGAUGGGAAAAACGCUUGUUUACUAGCUUGCAGCCAUGGCCAUCUUGACAUGGUGAAACUCCUGCUCAAUCUAUCUGAGAUGGUGGGCCCAGUGGCAGCAGGGUUUGAUCAAUCUUGUAUUCAUAUUGCUGCAUCAAGAGGGCACACAGAUGUUGUUAGAGAAUUGUUGAAUAAGUGGCCAGAACUUACUCAAGUGAGAGAUGAUAAUGGAAACUCACCAUUGCAUCUUGCUUGUGAGAGGGGACACAGAGAGAUUGCAUGGAUCCUACUAAGACGUGAUCCAAAUCUUGGUUUACUAUACAACGACAAUGGCUAUACACCGUUGCACCUGGCAGUGAUGAACGGGAAAGUCUCCAUCCUUAAAGAUUUUGCUUCAAGCACUCCUUCCUCACUAAACCUGAUCACUGGAGAGGAAGAGACAGUGUUCCAUUUAGCUGUGAGAUACGGAUGGCACGAUGCAUUGGAAUUCUUGGUACAUGCUUCCAAUGGUACCAAUCUAUUGCACUGUCAAAAUCGUUAUGGCAACACCGUCUUACACCUUGCAGUCAUAGGCAAACGCUACAAGAUGGCAGAGUUCUUGAUCAACAAGACAGAGAUGGAUAUUAAUGCUCGGAACUCUGAAGGGGUCACAGCACUUGACAUCCUACUACAGUCUAAGGACAGUGCAGAAAAUAGGCAAUUGGAAGCCACUUUUAUCAGAGCUGGUGGUAGAAGAAGCAUCCAAUCCGUGUCUCCAGUAGCAUCUAAUUAUGUGUCUCCAGUAGCAUCUAGUCUUUCUAUGUCCGAAUUGCCGAAUCAAAUUGAAUUGAGUGAGAUAACUGAGAAUGGAAACCAUGAACCAUAUUACUUCUCCCCAACAAAUUCAGGGAAACAGAAGAAGUAUCAGACCAAAAGAAAAGUGGAAAAUCUAAGUCACUUUUGGUAUAGUCAGAGCAACAGGGAGAAGCACUAUGAGAUGCACAGAGAGGCAACAGUAAAUGCGAGGAAUACCAUUAUAAUAGUUGCUGUUUUGAUUGCUACUGUAACUUUUGCUGCUGGUAUUAGCCCCCCUGGUGGUGUGUACCAAGAAGGAACAGUGAAAGGUGAGUCAAUGGUGGGAAAAACAACAGCUUUCAAGGUGUUUGUAAUAAGCAACAACAUAGCACUAUUCACAUCUCUAAGUAUAGUAAUUGUGCUUGUUAGUAUCAUUCCAUUUAGAAGAAAGGCACACAAAAGACUGUUGACAAUCAGUCACAAGGUAAUGUGGGUGGCUGUGGCAUUUAUGGCUACUGGCUAUGUUGCAGGCAUAUGGGUGAUCUUGCCACACAGUCGAGAGAUGCAAUGGCUAUCUGUUGUGCUACUUGCUCUGGGUGGUGGCUCUCUGGGAACAAUCUUCAUUGGUCUCAAUGUGAUGAUGGUUGAGCACUGGCUCAGAAAAUCAAAGUGGAAAAAGACUAGGAAGGAAGAAGGAGUGGAUGUAGCUGCAGACAACGAAAAGGAAAGUCAAAAUUCAGAUAUUGAGAGCUCUUAUUCAAAGGGUUACCAUUCAUACUGAUUAAUCUGUCUCCCAAAAUCAGA